AAAUUAUGAUUCCCUUAUAUUCACAUUACAGAGAACGAGGACGAGGAGUGGACGAACCGUGGAGCCGAAGAUGAAGGUGAAAAAUUUCAGGAAAAGAACUUUAGAAGACGAAGCUGAAGAUCGAAUUGCAGAGAAGGAUGCCUCAGACGACGAAGAAGAAAGAAGAUUGGCAUUAGAAGAGGUGAAAUUCCUUCAGAAACAGAGGGAGAAGAAGCCUGGAAUUCCGGCGACGUCUGCGACUGUGCAGGGUGCGGGCGGCGCUACCGCUGGCGGCGGCAGCAGCGCUGGCGGUUUGGUGCCGAAGAGAGUAAGCGAGAGAAACGAGGGGGAUGGGGAGAAAGACGACUUGGUAUUGCAGGACACCUUUGCUCAGGAGACUGCUGUCAUGGUUGAAGACCCCAACAUGUUGAGAUAUGUAGAACAUGAGUUGGCAAAGAAAAGGGGAAAGAAUGUCGAUACAGCAAAUCAAGUUCAGAAUGAAGGAAAAUUCGUGGAGGAUGAAUUAUACAAAAUACCUGAGCAUCUUAAAGUAAAGCGGCGUACCUCAGAGGAAAGCUCUACUCAAUGGACUACGGGGAUUGCUGAGAUUCAACUGCCCAUUGAAUACAAGCUAAGAAAUAUUGAGGAAACAGAGGCUGCCAAAAAGCUCCUACAGGAAAAGAGGCUCAUGGGUAGGGCAAAAACGGAAUCUAGCAUUCCCUCAAGUUACAGUGCAGAUUAUUUCCAACGUGGCAGAGACUAUGCUGAAAAGCUUAGAAGAGAGCAUCCUGAGCUGUACAAGGACAGACGUGCAGAAGAUACUGGUCUGGAAUCUAGACCUAGUGAUUCAGGUGCGGAAGGACCAGGACGAAGGCAAGCUGCAACAGAUGAGUUCAUGCUUGAACGCUUCCGCAAACGUGAACGCCACCGUGUGAUGAGGAGAUGACAUAUAAUUCAGUACAUGGAUACAUCUCUGACCUCAGUGUAAGGCCAUUUACGGACUCUGUGAACAGUUUUACCUCUUAUGUUUUCCUGAUCAGUAGGUCAAAUAGUAUGUUGCAAAAACUAGCGAGGUAAAAGCAACCAAAGCUCGUCCACAACAUGACAGAGAUGUGACCAUGAAAACAGUUAGAUGCUUUCUUUGUUAUUUUGCAUUCUUGAAGUUAGACCUCAACUGCUAUCUAUUUGAUGAAUAAUCUUCGAGAUUCUCAUCAUCUAUGCUUUGUGAUCUCCGAAAUGAUUGGAAGCUUGGUACCAUGUUUAUAACGUUUGCUGUGAAAAAUUGGCAUAUUAUUUGUUCCA